CCUGCGCACGCCCCGGGCCCCACGCCUUUAUAUACUCGCCCUCCUCUGCCUCGGGUGCGGCAGGCCUGUCGAGCUCCUCUUAUCAGCACUUCCCGGACUCCAGCCCCUGCCUCCCCCAUCUUCCCCAGCAGGAAGUGGAUUGCCCGCGAACUCACGUUGCCGAACUGGCGCCAGCUCUCCCGGCCCCUGUCAACACACGCCCCCAAGCCACUGGUUCUCAAGCUCAGCAGAAAGCACUUAAGAACCAUGAAGGACCCCGUCGCCAGGACCAACUCCCCCUACACCGAUCCUACAGUCAAGGGCCCUCGCAGCAAGCUUCUCUCCCGUGCACCGCCCUCAGCCGCCAUCAUGCUCGUCAACUCCGUCAACAAGACCAGCCUCCAUCCAGCUGGUGUCAUUCCUCACCCCGAACAACACACCGAGCUAGAGGAGGAACUCCAUGAGAAGGCCCACAUCGACUAUGACAGAGUCGCUAUCAUCCCCAACCCUUCAGUUCCGGCCCUCUACGAGGAUGCCUUGGUGUACGAGACAGGCACUGCCGUCACGUCGAGCGGCGCCCUGAGCGCAUAUUCCGGCAAGAAGACGGGCCGGUCACCGCUGGACAAGCGCAUCGUGAAGGAGCCAUCAUCAGAGAAGGACAUCUGGUGGGGACCAGUCAACAGGCCCAUGUCUCCCGAGGUGUGGAAAAUCAAUCGCGAACGGGCCGUCGACUAUCUCAACACCCGGAACCGCAUUUACGUCGUGGAUGGCUAUGCUGGCUGGGAUGAGAAGUACCGCAUCAAGGUGCGCGUCGUCUGCGCGCGCGCCUACCACGCGCUCUUCAUGCGCAACAUGCUCAUCCGACCGUCGCGCGAGGAGCUCGAGCACUUCCACCCGGACUACACCAUCUACAAUGCCGGCUCGUUCCCCGCCAACCGUUACACCGAGGGCAUGACCUCGGGCACGUCGGUCGCUAUCAACUUCGCCGAGAAGGAGAUGGUCAUCCUCGGCACCGAGUACGCCGGCGAGAUGAAGAAGGGCAUCUUCACCGUCAUGUUCUACGAGGGCCCGAUCAAGCACAACAUCCUGACGCUGCACUCGUCGGCCAACGAGGGCAAGGACGGCGACGUCACCCUCUUCUUCGGCCUGUCCGGCACCGGCAAGACCACGCUGUCGGCGGACCCCAACCGCCGGCUGAUCGGCGACGACGAGCACUGCUGGAGCGACCGCGGCGUCUUCAACAUCGAGGGCGGCUGCUACGCCAAGACGAUCGGCCUCUCGGCCGAGAAGGAGCCCGACAUCUUCAACGCGAUCCGCUUCGGCUCGGUGCUCGAGAACGUCGUGUUCGACCCGGAAACGCGCGAGGUCGACUACGACGACGCGACGCUGACCGAGAACACGCGGUGCGCGUACCCGAUCGAGUACAUCAGCAACGCCAAGAUCCCGUGCCUGUCCUCCAACCACCCGUCCAACAUCAUCCUGCUGACCUGCGACGCCCGCGGCGUGCUGCCGCCCAUCUCCAAGCUCAACAGCGCGCAGACCAUGUUCCACUUCAUCAGCGGCUACACGUCCAAGAUGGCCGGCACCGAGGACGGCGUGCUGGAGCCGCAGGCGACCUUCUCGUCGUGCUUCGCGCAGCCGUUCCUGGCGCUGCACCCGAUGCGCUACGCCCGCAUGCUGGCCGACAAGAUCGAGAAGCACAACGCCAACGCCUGGCUGCUCAACACGGGCUGGGUCGGCGCCGGCUUCGCCCAGGGCGGCAAGCGCUGCCCCCUCAAGUACACCCGCGCCAUCCUCGACGCCAUCCACAGCGGCGAGCUCGCCCGCGUGCCCUACGAGAACUACGACGUCUUCAACCUCCAGGUGCCCACCUCCUGCCCCGGCGUGCCCGCCGAGCUGCUCAACCCCAAGACCGCCUGGACCGCCGGCGCCGACAGCUUCCAUGCCGAGGUCACCAAGCUGGGCAAGCUGUUCCUGGAGAACUUCAAGAAGUACGAGAGCGAGGCCACCGAGGAUGUCAUCAAGGCGGGCCCGGUUGUCUAAGCCGUUCUUUGUUUUCUCCCAGGUUUCCUCCGUUUUCUAGGAUAGAUUUUUUUUUUCCUUCUCUUUUCUAUCUCCAUUUUUCUUUCCUUCUAGCAGCAUUGGGUAUUGGC